AUGACCUGGAGUCGGCUCUGCUUGAAGGUUGUGACUUCGGAAUCGUGAGGAACAUCUGCAAAGGGCGAGCAGUCCCAUCACACAUCCGACACCAAGUAUGGCAGAUAGCCUUAAAUGUUAUUGGAAAAGGAGAUGCAUUGGCCACAUGGGAUGAAAUAUUUGACAUGCCUGAACAAAAAGACCUUAGGGCUGAUUGUGAGAUAUUUGUAGAGAAACUUGGGAAUGAUGAGGACGAGCGAGUGGCGCUGGUCAGUGACCUUGAGUCUGUUCUGACUCUUUACUGCAAGUCUCGUGAGCUCAUCUACAGAACAGACAAUGGCUGGCUUGAGAUUCUGCAACCACUUAUAGCAUUGAAGAUGCCCAAGUCAGAACUGUACAACUGCUUCUGUGCAAUUAUGAGUAAAUAUAUACCUAGGGAUUGUGCAAAGGAUGGAAAGCCCUUUCAUCUGUUCAGACUGUUGUUGCUCUACCAUGACCCAGAGUUGUGUAGCUUUCUCGACACAAAGAAAAUCACACCUGAUGUCUACUCACAGAGUUGGUUACGUAGUCUGUUUGCUGCCCAUUGUGACUUGGAGGUGACCUUGGUGAUGUGGGAUGUGUAUCUGCAAGCAGCUGACCCGUUUCUUGUUUUCUUUCUUGCCCUCGUUAUUAUUAUUAAUGCAAAAGAACAACUGUUAGCCAUGGCAGAAGAGAGUCGGUCGCAAAUCUCGGAAAAUCUAGCCACCUUUCCAUGUGCCUUGGAAGCUGAAGACAUUGAGGACUUCUGCUCUCUUGCUCAGUACUAUGCUUCGAAAACACCUCAGAGUUUCCGCAGGGAUUAUCAGAACUUGUACAAGGUCAGUGACGAGUAUGUUGAGGAUGGCAUGUCAGCAUAUGUGAAGCAGGCUCUUUGUCUACCAGUUUCUGUGCACGAACUACUGCAAACCACGUCACAACCUGAUGACGGGGUGCGAUAUUUCAUAGUUGACUGCCGACCAGCUGAGCAAUAUAACAGUGGCCAUCUUCCCACAGCCUUCCAUUUAGAUGCCAACUUAAUGUUGCAGGAGCCGGGAGAGUUUGCGUCGGCGGUGAACGCGCUCUUUGCCUCUCAGAAGCAGGCCAUCGCAGCAGGGUCGGUAGCCGGCGGAGAGCACCUGUGUUUCAUGGGCAGUGGCCGAGAGGAGGAGGACCAGUACGUUCACAUGGUGGUCGCCAACUUCCUCCAGCGCAAAAAGCAAUACGUCAGCCUGGCACGCGGCGGCUACGCAGUGCUGCACUCUGUGCUAGGCGAUGAUGUAAGCUACACACUGGCAGAUCAUAGUCCUAGGCACUGCAUUGUGUGCAAUCCAGAUGCCGAACUCAAUGGCAGGGAUUUUUCCGACGCAGCAGAAGAAUUCCAGCACUUGCUGCAGGAGGGUUCGACACUAUUUGGUAAAUUGUCCUCAGCUCUCAAAGGGAAAUCAGAGAAAGUUAAGGAGCAGCUGACCAACUACAUAGUUAAUCCCACAGGAACUGCUCCUCCACGUGAUCGGCAUGUAACGCCAUCGGACAAACUUGGUAAGCGGUAUCGAGGAAUGGGCCCCGUCUUCACAAUAGACGACGAUGACAAUGAUGCGGAAGUCGGUGGCAUGCCUUCAUCGGACGACGAGAAUAAAGAGUGCGUUAGCGUCGAGACGUGGGUUAGGAAGCCGGAGGUGCUCGGAACCUUCAAGUGCCACGAAAUCAAGGAGAAUGGGUACAUGCAUUCGUGUCACCUGUUGGUCACCAAGACACACAUGUUCAUACUGAGGGACAUACCAGAUCGCAAGGACAUGGCUUAUAUCAUAGCGAGGCGAGUACUGUCCAGCAUUGUGAAGAUAACUUCCAAGAAGCGACAUCCCGAGCUCAUCACGUUUAGGUAUGGGACAAGUGAGGACGAUGGAUUAGAGUUCACCGAUUGCGAUAGGUUCUUGAUACCAAAUUCAGGUGAUGCAACUAAACUAGUCAAACAGCAGAUACUUCAGCAUAUUGAGCCAGUCACAGCAGCAACACCAACACCUGCAGAGCCAGAAAACAAGUGAUAAAAUUAUUGUAGUAUAUUUUGCAAACUUAUCAAGUGUAUGUUGCUUGGAAACAUGGUGUUUCCAAGGUAAGGAGGACAAUACAUAGAACUAUGUACUGUGGGCACACGUGUUGCAUUAUGCACGGGCAAUUAUGUAGUUGUUAUUUGGGAACUGUUGGGUUCCCAUUAAUUAUUAAUAGUGCUGAGCUUCUUGAGACAAGCUGGAAAUUAUUAUUUACUUCAUGUUAUGUUACAGUAAAGUACGAUGGGAUAUUUUUGACUAUAAGUUUUAGUAUAAUGUAGUGUUCUUGCCAUGAAAAAACAUGUAUCUUUGUUAUGUCCUAUGGGGCCAGGCCAUUCAGCUUCAAUGUUCAUUUGUAUAAAGUUUAAAAACCUGUAUUUCUGCAGAAUUUUUUCCCCACAAAAUCUUGUUUCUAUAGUAGCAGGCUUUUCUGUUUCAGAAAGGGUAAGGAUAAUAUAUCGCCAAGGCUUGUUAACUUGUAAACAGUUUAUGUGCUCUUCUUAGAAUGCAAUAUAUCCGAAGUUGGAAUUAACACACCGUUUUAAAGCAUCAAAUGUUUUGUUGUUAGCUUUGUGGUAGUUUUUGGGGGGUAUUUGGUGUAUAUAUUACAUUUGUGAACAUAUUGAACUUGGGGUAUUUUCCGAUAUGUGGAAUAUGUGGAGUCUUCGUACUUGUUGCACUUGUAAGUAUGCCACCAUAUUUGUUCUUUGCGUAUGUCUCAGUACUCUGUACAAGCUGUUCCAAUAGUAUUUUUGCGUUUUAAACAAUUCUACAGUCAACAGUACAUAUAUUUAAUGUAAUAUAAAUAAAUGCAUCUCAAUUUCAAGCACUAUUGGUAUGUCAUUUUUUCCACCAGUGUAUGAUAGAAUUUAUGCGUUGGAUACGAUUUAUAACACUGAAUAAGACACGGCAGGAAAUAUGAUGUAAAAUGUGAUCGGUUUAUUGUGUUGAUGGUUCACGUAUUAUGUUCAACGUAUCAAAAAAAAGUUACGAGUUUUCUGUUAUGGGGUUCUCCAUCUAUACCUAUAUGUAUUUGUGCAGUAUCAAAUCAGUAGAAUGAUAGAAACAGGCUAUCCGUGAUGGUUUCAUUCAGUUUAAGGCCCCUAAACGUGAAAAUUUCCUUUGUUAGUAUUUGAUUAUCAAAUAUGAUCAAUAACGAUUGACUUUUCCAGUCGCACUGCAACUGAACGUUUCACUGAGGGUUGCGUUUUAUAUGAUGAAAAUGCGCUUGAAAUCCAUCUGCCUCGCAAAGGAAAUUUCCUUCACUUACUCUGUGCAGAUUUGAGAAGAAGCAAGUACUGACAGGCAGGCACCAUAAAGACAACGCACAUAUAGUCUGUAAAUCUGAGGCGUUUAUUGUGAGAUUCUAUUGCUUGUGAACAAAUACCACGUUGUAAAACUAUUACAAUUUAUAACGGUUACAAUGACUACGAACGUCAAGUGUACAUUGCAUAUUCUGAUGCUAACAAGAUCUUUGAAAAUGCAGUUUCGUCAGUUUUACAUUAAUUUUCAUUAAUUUACUCAAAGGUCCGACAAUAGGAACCGGGGAUGCUACGUUCUAUUUAUCUGAUAAUUAAAGUGUUUGGCUAGCAUUGAGAAUAAUUCAACAGUGGUUAUAUAUAUAUAUUAUACGGUGUCAACACUUACUGAAAGCAAUCUUGCCUUGUACACAUCUUAUUAUAUAUAAGUUGACAUUCAUUUUACGCAUCUUAACAAUAAAAUGAUUAUCAAGAUAAAAUGAAAUUUAAAUGGGUAAAAUCAAUUUAAAUGUAGCUGCGCUCAAAAUAUUACCUAGCGCUAUCAGUAAUAAUCUACGAAUAAUAUAUUUUAAUGAGGAUCAAUACGCAUAAUAUAAUUUUAUAAUAGAAUACAUUGUUUUGAAAAAACACACUUGUGUUCGGUAAAUUUUGCUUAUCAGGUUUGACAUUUUUCCAAGAUUUCUUAGGCGAGUAAUUAUUUAUCUUUUUUUUAAAACUAACCUCGCAACACUGAAUGUGACAUUCACUUACAUACAACUACAUGCUUCUCUUUCAUGUACACAAUUCUGCUCAUAUCACUCACAACAUCUGCCAAUACCUGAUCGCACGUUUAAAAACACAACCCACAUUCAAAAUAUACAACAUUAUUAAAGACAGGCACACAAAUUCUACACGAGACACAAUCUAGUUAAUUAUCGUAUAUCUUAUGAUUACACAUUAUUUACACACAGAUGUGAUGCCAAAAUGAACGCUAGUCGGCAGCACCGAUCAGCUGAAAUUUGACAAAAGGCAUAUAUUGAAUGAUUGGCAUGCUUAAAUCACUGAGGUUCCAUUCAUAUAAAUCGACAUAUGGGCAAAAAAGUAAACGCCUACCGGCAUUGCAAGUUAUUAGCAUUUUCGUUUGUGGAAUCGGUAUAGUUUCUGCAAUGUUCUAGAGCUCGUUAACAUGAAUGAACACAACGAGACAAAUGUACAACAGGAUCUCGUGUAGACAUCUUAACACAUCCUUAUAAACCAUGGAUAAAUAGUCAUGGUUGAUUUCCAAUUUUUCAACCUCUGCCAUCACUCCUGGGUGUUCACACAGAAACAACUGACAAAGUAUUCUUAAUCAUUUCAUCUCAAGCUGUACCGCUGUCACAAACAUGUCUGGUAAUUUCCCGCGUACACGUGCAAAACAAAGAAUACUUAUGACAUGAUGAUUCGAACAACAGCAAAUCAAUUCCUCUCACAAAAUAUAGAUGACAACAACCUAGCUACGAGUAAUAAAUUUUUUUUCACCAAUCACUGCCAAUUUUCUUACUUUAUCGAUAUCAUAAUAGGUUGUUGUUCACUAAAAUUCACAGCUAAUUUUCUAAGAAAUAUUCUACAUGAGAUUAAAUCACACACAUCACAAUUCUCAUAUCCAUGGGUCCAAACCUUGCUAACAACCAGCUCCUGGUGUUCCAAACAAGCAAACAGCCUGAUGUUCACACGCCCCAACACACAACAUGCAAAGCAUUCCAAAUUUGCGAGAAAAUAAACAUACAUAAAAAAAUAGAAAGCUUAAACACUAAAAUGUACAUUAUGUAAAGCAUAAACAAUAAUACAGUCCACUUGCCUUUAAAAUACAACAAGUCAAUGAACUGCCUUGAACUGCCAUUUCCACGUACUGACAAGCGGCCACACUUCACAUGACAGCCAGCCAGGUCAGGACCGCAUUGAACCUGUCAGCUAGUGAACGCAGUGACCUUCACAACCAUAAAAGCUACAUAUUGCCUUGCCGUUUUAUAGG